GAUAGAAAAUUCUUCUUUAAGAACAGUGUAACUUCAUGGCUAUGCCCUUCAAUCUGUCCUCCUCAUUUGCCAAUAUUCAUAGCCAAAGGAUCACUAGAUCUUCUGUACCACCUAUAUUAGACCCCCAUGUUCUCUAUACUUUCUUUGCCAACUAACACAACCUUCUCUCUGCACUUAUUAAUAAGACACAAGCUCUGAGCCCUCGAGACACUUGACCCCUCGAACAAAUUGCAGGUUUUGUCCUUAUAUCUACCCAUUUCUUUCCUCUCCAUCCCAGCCAACUAUCUCUGGAAACCACUUAGAGACUCGGGGUUCUCUGAUUUUAAACUGGAAUUUCAAUCCCCAUUUCCUUGGAAGGAAAUAAGGAAAAUUCUCUCUUAUUUUGAGUCUUAAAGUUCUGUCCAAGUUCCAGAAAACCGCUUCUGACCAGGCUCGUGAAUGCAAAGAAUCGAAACAGGAUAUGAUGCUGGCAAAAAGAGGAGGAGGAGUACAGGAUUUAAAACAUGAACUAAAGGAGGUGAGGGAAGAGCUCAAAGGAAAAAUGGAAGAAAUACAUCAGAUAAAAUAUAUAAUGAACAAGGAUUUUGAUAAACUCCAGGAGCUCGUAGACAUUAUGAAGGACAUGCAGAAGGAUAUGGAUGAGAGAAUGGAAGUCUUAAUAAAGCUAGAGACAAACAAAAAGCUGAAGAAACACUACCAGCCUGCAACAGGGAAAGACUCAUCUGAGAGAUUUAGUGGUGGGACUUAUUAUGAGAAUUGUUUGUCAUGUUCCCAGAAAAACUGCAGUAGUAUCAGCCCUAAGGAUCUGGACCAAACUAAAAAGAUCUCUAAGCCUCCAAUCAGGAUUUUUGAGAAGGAAAGAGAGGUGAAGGAAGGGAAGGGUAAAGAGAAGAAGGCACAGAUUAUCAGGAAGUCUAACUCCAUCUUACAACAGGAAAAUUGCCACUUUGAGCGUGGGCACUGUUUUAACCAUCGGACUGUGGUGCUGCCUUCUGAUCUAUAUCUAUCUGAAUCCCAAUGCCGUCAAGGACGCUCUCCCUACAAUAUGCAGUCGCAGAACCUAUCAGCACCUUCGUUUCAUCCUUUCCCCACUCAUUGAGCUGCACAUAGAGGGUUUACUGCCCUCUUAGCUCCCCACUAUUUUUUUCUCCAAGAGAUUAAAGUCUUCAUUUACCAUAAGAUA